ACUCUGCACUAUGACCUCAUGGCCUUGUCUCUGCAGGGCUCAAGGAAGUUCGAAUUCAGGGCCCAGGGAUACAUUGACAAUGAGCUCUUCCUGCGCUAUGAUGGUGAGAGGACAAGAACAGAGCCCUGCGGGCCGAGGAUCAAGGGACAAGGAGGAGCUGAGAUGUGGGCAAGAGAGACUGAGGACAUGCAGGAGAAGGAGGAGCAACUCAGGAGGAUGCUGAGUGAGGUCAUGACCCAGAAGGGCCAGCACGGAGUCUCUGCCUGGUAUGGCAUUCACACCCUUCAGGAAACUUUUGGCUGUGAAAUCCAAGGAAACAACACUGGAGGCUUCUGGUGCUUGGGCUAUGAUGGACAAGACUUCCUCACCUUUGACCAGAAGAUCCAAAUGUGGAAAGUGUCUGUGCCUUCAGCAUACUCAUCCAAGACAUUCUGGGAGAGGCAUGGCCCCAGUGUGGAUCAAGUUAAGACUUUUUUGAAUGACAUAUGUCCUGACCAUCUCCAGAGAUAUUCAAUUUAUUUGGAGAACCAAUUGAUGGAUACAGGUCCCCCACAGGUGACAGUCUCCAGAAGGCCAUACCCAGUGGGCAGGAUCACCCUGACCUGCUGGGCUUUUAACCUGAAUCCUCCUGUGGCCACCUUGGCCUGGCUUCAGCAUGGGAAGACAGUACAGCAGCAUACCUUUGGGCCUGGGACCAUCCUUCCCAGUGGAGAUGGGACCUACCAGACCUGGGUGUCUAUUUGGGUUCUUCCUGGACAGGAACCACAUUUCACCUGCCGCCUGAGGCACCUCAGCAAGACCAUUGAUGUCCCUACUGCCCUUGAAUACGGGGCAAGCAUCCCUCCUAAGGGGGUGGGAGGCAGGGUUGGGAAGCCCCAGUGGAGUACAAUCACUACAGCUUUCAUGGUGACCUCCAGGACCUCAAGCCAGGAAAACUGGUGGAGCCACCAGCUCAGCUUCUGCUCUUGUGGCUUCUGCUUUUCCUGCCAUGUUGAUAUUUCUAUCCCGGGCCUAGAGCAGCAAGAACACACAGGACAGCAAGAGACCAGGUGA